AUGGACCUGCUGGGCCAGAGCGUCUUCGACUUUCUCAAGGGCAACGGGUUUGUGCCGUUUCCAAACAGCCAGAUCCAAAGCUUUGCUCGUCAGCUCUUCACGAUCUUGCACGAUCUGAAUCUGAUCCAUACCGAUCUCAAACCCGAAAAUAUCUUGCUGUGUGACGCCGGCUAUCAGACGUUCACCUAUAACCGCAAGAUACCCUCAUCGUCUACAACCAUCAACCGCCAGGCCACGCAGCGCCGAGUGCUCCUGGAUACGGAAAUCAGACUCAUCGACUUUGGAUCGGCCACCUUCCAAGACGAAUACCAUAGCUCGGUUGUGUCCACGCGCCAUUACCGCGCCCCCGAGAUCAUUCUUGGGCUGGGCUGGUCGUAUCCCUGCGACAUCUGGAGCAUCGGCUGCAUCCUGGUUGAGUUCUUCACCGGAGACGCUCUAUUCCAAACGCACGACAACCUGGAGCAUCUCGCUAUGAUGGAGGCCGUUGUCGGCCGCAGGAUUGACUCUCAUCUGGUGCAGGCAGUCAACAAGAUGUCGACCCGAAGUGGCGGGAACCCCGCGUCCAAGUAUGCAUCGGAAUCACCAUCGCCCACCGUCAAUGAUACUGACAACCUUUCAAGGUACUUCAAGCGGCUCAAGCUUGACUAUCCGACGCCAGACACCACUCGUGGUUCUCGGAGGUUUGUCAAAGACAUCAUCCCUUCGAACACGCCGUUCCUUAAAAAUUUCCUUGACUUGUUGGGCAAGAUUUUCGUUUACGACCCUGCUCACCGCAUCACCGCCAAAGAGGCUCUCAACCAUCCGUGGUUUAAGGAGAUGGCCCAUCCCGACGACGGAACCGAGGCGGCUAAGAUCAGGCUGGAGAGGAAACGCGCCGCCGAGCAUGAGCACCUGCGACACCCCCAGUAUGUUGGCUGA